AUGGCGGCGCCGCCGCCGCUGCGGGACCGGCUCCUCUUCUUGCAGCGGCUCCCCAUCCUCCUGAAGGGCACCGCAGAUGACGAGGCCCCUUGUCCCGGCUACGUGUCCCAGGAGAUAGUCAAGCUGUCGCACGAGUCUGCAGGCAGCUGCCACUGUCUCCUCGAGUACCUCCUCACACGACUGCAUCGGGGCUCAGGCCAUGUGAAGCUCAAGGUGCUGAAGUUAUUGCUGCUCCUGUGUGCCCGCGGCUCCCCGACCUUCUUGCAACUGCUGCAGCGCAAUACUGCCUGCAUCCAAGAAGCGGCAGUGUUCGCAGGGCCCCCUGAUCCCCUCCACGGGAAUAGCUUGUACCAGAAGGUGCGGGCAGCUGCACAGGACCUAGGGAGCGCCUUGUUUGCAGACCCUGAAUCUCCAGCACCAGCCUCACAGCCACCCCAGGCCUUGCCCCAAGCAGGGAUGGGCUCUCGGGCCAGGCCCCAGGCUGGCCUCCAGGGCUUUGGCUACACUGAGGAGCGCACAGGCUCCUCUGGGGAGACCUUCCUGUCCAGCAUCCAGCGAGCCGCCCAGGUGGUGGUACAGGCCAUGCGCCCUGCACCUGAGGGCCCGGCUACCCCAGGACUCCUGCUCCGUGCAGGUACCUACCAGCCCGCGGUGACGCCCACAGCCGGCACCCCCAGUGCCCCCCUCCUGGGAGCUGGCCAGGCUAUGGGAACCCGAGCUGCGAGGCACCAGCCUGGAAGGGCCGGCGGGGGCUGGGAUGAGCCAGACAGCAGUGCCCCCAGCACACGGAGCGACAGUGACCCCAGCAAGGUCUCGGAGGUGGGGUCUGAUGGUGACGUGACUGACAGGGCUGAGGCCGACACCCCGCAGGACUGUCAGCCAGAGCUGGGCCUGGUCUGUGCCGUGACCAGGGGAACCCGUGCCUUCCUGAGCACCGAGGAGACCCGUCGCUUCCUCAAAGAGUGUUCGCUGCUCAACUGUGAGGUGGUUCUGCAGCUGCUGCUCAGACACACGGAUGCAUCCCACGAGUGUGUGCAGAUGCGGGUGCUGAGUGCUCUAGCUGCCCUGGGGGGCAGUGACCUCCUAGCCCCUGAGCACACCCUACUGCUGUCCCAGACACGGCUGCGUGAGCUCAGCUCGGGCACCCCCGGGCCUGUGGCCAACAAGGCCACCAAGAUCCUGAGGCACCUGGAGGCGUCCUGCAGGCAGCAGCCCCUCACUUCCGGGCCCCCCAGCCAGGCUGUGGCACAUGGAGGCCUGUCUGAUCUGCUGGCAGACAAUGUGCCUUUCACGGAGGGCCCAACCUCUCUGCAGCCCUUGCACCCCUCCUUGCCCUCACCCCAGGGCCCAGCACCCCCAAGCCUGCUGAACACCCAGGAUCCUGAAGACAGGCCAGCAAGUACUGGAGAGCCGGAUGCUGGGUCUGAACAGGGGACAGAAGGCCCAGUGGGCGGACCUGGCUCCCUGUUUGCGGGCAUGGAGCUGGUGGUCCACGAGGGACCCCUCCCUGCACCCCAGGCCUCCUGGACACUGCCCCAGAGGGCGUCUGCUGAGGAGCGCCCCCAUGAGCCAUCGGCAUUCGUGUUUCUGAACUUGUGACCAGAGUCCCCCAGGGACCACGGGCCAGACCUCCUCGACUGGGGAACUAUGACCACACAGGGGCUCUUAACCAGGACCUAAGAGGGGCAUCUGUUUGGCCCCAUCCUGGCCACCUCAGGCUGCUGCCUAUGGGCACAGGGCAAGAGAAGGCUGAGAGGAGGGUCUGCACAUCCCCUCAGUUCCCACAGGUGCAGCUCUGUCUUGGGUGGGCCAACUCAUCCCUGCAGGGUCGGGUCACGUCAGCCUCGUCCUGCCCACGGCCCCAUGUGCUGGGGGGUGGUGGAGGGUCUCAGGGCUGGGGGGCAGAGCUGGGCUGGGCCCCCAUCACCAUUGUGCUGCCCCCUUGUCUUUUACCAACAAACGGACCCCAGAACAACAGGACUGGGUCCCCUUUAUAAAUAAA